AUGAUGUGUUUUCCCCUGCCUAAGGGUGUUAUCAAGAAGAUUAGUGCUUUGUGUAGAUUGUUCUUGUGGACAAGUGGGGAGGAAAUCAAUAGAAAGAGUCCUGUUGAAUGGAAAAAUGUUUGCAAAAAAAGAAAUAAAGGUGGUUUGGAUAUGACUGAUCUGCAUCUGUGGAACAUGGCUAUAAUAUUGCGUCUGUUGUGGAACUUAAGUCAGAAGGAAAAUAGUAUGUGGGCUAAGUGGGUGCACGCGUAUCAUCUUAAUAAGCAGAGUCUGAUGGAGGUGAACAUCAAGGAUAGAUUCUCGUGGAUCAUUAAGAAAAUUUUGCUACAAAGGAACAAGGUGGCACAGAUGCAGGAAACUUGGGAUAAUAUGCAGGGGAAGGGUAAAUUUAGUAUGAAAAAAACAUAUGAUUGUAUGGAUGGUGAUGAUGUGCAGGUACACUGGAAGGCAUUGAUGUACAAGAAUGAUGCAAGGCCCCGUGCUAUCAUGACCUUAUGGCUGACAUGUCAUAAGAAACUUGCUACUAAGGAUAGAUUGAAGAGAUUUGGGAUGAUAGCUCAUGAUGAUUAUAGUAUGUGUGACAAGAAUGAGACAAUUAACCAUUUGUUUUAUGAACGUGUGAAGAUGAAGGAAAUUUGGUGUAAAGUCCUGGAAUGGAUCCAUAUUAUGCAUGAACCUAAGGGUUGGAAUGAGGAGCUUGAGUGGCUUGUGGGGAAGUGCAACAAGAAGAGUUGGAAAACUGAAUUGCAAAAAUUAGCAGCCACAUAA